AUGUCGUUACUAAGGAAUAAGCAUUCGAGAAGGUCGGCUACCAUCUUGCGUGCAGUUCCAGAAGCUGCACCAUGCGAUACGGCUCUCCACCCCGAUCAGCGAGACACGACAACGCAGGCUUACAUGGGCACCAAUGACAGUUCACCACUACGACGAGUCAGCCGUUCCUCACCAUCACUGCCAAAGACCGAAGAGUCUAGGAGCAGGACACACAACAACACCACCUCUACUCAGUAUUGUCCCGUCUCAGAGUUGAGGGCGGUCCUGAGCAACGCUUCGCUCAAAGGCGCAGUUGGCACGUACAAGAACGGCAGAAUAUACUGGCGCCACAAGGACCACGACCCUUCUGAAAGUGACAUCAAGCAUGGCCUUCGCACAGACAGGAGUUCGAGGCCAAAGAUACAAGUGGUAAUCCCUAGUCAAACGCGAGAUCGACCGCUUCCCGCUACUCCGUUCUUUGGAAAUCCCAGCAAAGCCCAUCUUCGGUCGACGUCCACUGCAAUCGAGAAUGUCCACGACGUGUCACCUCCCUCAGCUAGCAACAAGAUCAUCAUGCGUGAUUCGAUCGUGUCGCCACUUAGCCAGUUGCAGUCACAGCCGAUGCCAUUUGGCCAGUUCCAGCGCUCCGUUAGUCACAGGGUGCCGGACUCAAGAUUUCAGGUUGCAAAUCACAAAAAGACCAAUUCGCAGUCGAGCAAGACCUCGAGUAACUUGCCAGAGAGUGAUGCAUCUUCGACGUAUAGUAAUCAUUCGUCGGAAACAAGUGUUGAAACAGAGCCCGUGGCAGUACCAAGGGGAGUCACAAAGCUCCUACUAAAUCAAUUCAACAUCCAGAGUCCGAUCACUGCUGGAGUUUUCAACGACGAAGAUGAUGACGUUCGGCACCGAAUACCCCCCUCCUUUGUUCCACCGCGCCGAUAUGGGCAGCAUCCAGCCAUUGACCAGAGCUCCAAAUUUCAACCUACCUGCGAGUUAGAGUUUGCACGAUGGACUUCGAACAGUUUAACUAGAAAACCAAGUGUGACUCGAAGAUCUUCCAAGCGUAACAGCCGAAGACGAGAUCCUGGGUCAAACUCGAGCAUGGGUGUCAUUGACGAAGCAAUAAUCCCCUCUACGUCAAGACAACUAUCGAACCCCCUCAGAGGCCCGAGUCCAACCCUGAGCGAGGCAGAGAAUGAUUUGCAUGAACAGCUUACUUCUUAUACCGAGGAUAAGACUGUGGGCGCUUCUCCUAGCGAGGCUGAGCAGACUUUGCCUUCUCUUGCGGAGGACAGUCCAUUCAAGUGGGAUGAUGUCGUUGUCCGCAAAGACUCGAUCGACGACGAGGAUGAUCUUAUAAGUCAACCACGACAAGAUUCGGUCACUAUGGAACCGUCUUGCACGCCGCCUCCAGCGCUCCCAAGAAAAUCCAGCAAGAGACAAACCGCAACGAAUUCUGACAGCUUUCGACUUUCUCGGGUUCCACGUACUCACAUUGCAUCACAAAUGAACAAAGUUCGGUCUCGAACGAGGAGUACAGGACUGAAACUCGCCAUCCCGGAAUACAAGAGACUGACCGAGGACUUUGUACUCUCCCCGAUCGAACUCUCGCCAAUGGUAGCGAAGCGUAUAAUUACACCUAGAUCCGCAGAGUUGGUAAUCCUCAACAUCUUCCGCGGCUUGGAUCAUCUAGAAGACCUAUUUGCGACAGCCGUUUUGAAUCGCGGCUUCUAUCGCGUAUUCAAACGUCACGAGCUUGAACUGAUCAAGUCUACCCUUCGCAAAAUGUCACCACCCGCGUGGGAGUUUAGGCAGAUAGCCUUCCCUGGACACGACUUGCUCCACGCCGAGGAGCUUGAGAUGACGCGGCCUGAAGAGGAAUAUACCCCAUUGACUUACCUACAGCUUCAGAAACAAGAUGUACAUACUAUCCGGGCUAUCAAGUUAUAUAUCAAGGAGAAGUGCCAGUCCUUCGUGCGACCUGAGAUAUCACACGCACUGAUCAGCGAGAACCCCAUCGAAUCAGCCAGGGUUGAUGAUGCACUUUGGCGCAUUUGGACGUUUUGCAAGAUUUUCGGUUCAGGAAAAGGUCGAGAAGAAGACAUCGUCGCUCAGAUGGAUUGGCUCAGGGGUGGCCUUCUAGUCCACCAGAAGACUUGCACUUUCAGCAUCGUGAGCACAGAGUGCAUGAGCGACACACUUGUUAGCGCGCCCGAAUGUUUCGCGAAAGGUAACGAGGACGGCUUGACUGCCGAACAGCUCUUUGACAUAAUGGAGCUCUGGAAUUGCUUGGGCGUGCUCCUGCAGGGCUUCGAGGGCCGUACUGCCCAAGCGCGCAAGGCCGGCGUAUAUGACAAUACUGAUAUCCGAGGUGGUGAUAUUGAUGGAGAGGAGAUGAUGCUGGAUGAAUGGUGCUAUUGCCUUCUCACAUACGGCCUCUCCACCGUCGUUGACCUUGCCGGUCCGUCCCGCCAACCCGACUGCUCUGCGUUCCAGCUUGCUCAGCGAAAAGGUUGGGUCAACUGGAAGCCCCCAGUUUUCGGUGGCACCCGCCGAAGUUUCCUCAAAGAAGCAGCUUCGCGCGUCUACGAAGACAAGAUUGCGCAAACCUACGCUGCGACCUCAACCCGCGAGGUCCAACGCCAGCAGUCCAAGAUACGUAUCCAGAGGCACAUUAGCGAACUUCGACACCGCAAGAACAGCGGUGAGCGCGAGCGCAUGCCCAUGAUCCGCAUGUCUCAAGAGCGUCCCAUGUCGGAGUGGGAUACCGUCAUUGGAAACCUGACCAGGCCUCGUCCUCCGCCGGCACCGAGAAACGACAUCGUCUCGUACAUUCCUACCCUUCGUUCUGCGCUGGCUCAAGAACUGAGUGCGACUAUUGCCGAACUCCCCGCGUCCAAGACACCUCCACCGCCCUCCACCCGCUCUUCUUCGCCGCCCAGACGGACUGUUGCUCAGCCGUUGCUCCCAACACCACCGCCCUCCACCGUGGCGACUAGCAACCGGGACCGAAACAGCAUAGCCAUGAGCAUGCCCCCAAUCGAAGAACACCCCGCCUACCACACCGAUGAGAAGUUCCCCGUGUACCAAACAGAAGAAAAAAUUCCUGUCUACUACACAAAUAAUAGAAUUCCCAUGUUCCCAUCCCUAGCCAGCCAUCCAGCAUUCCGCAACAACGCCAUGGUAUGCGCACCACUAGCAUCGCAACAGCACGCAAGAAAGAACAGCAGCGACUCGCAAGGCUCGCGUUCAAGUAGUAGCUCGAGGACCGCCGCGUUCCAGCAACAUGCGAAACAGAGGGAUAUUUUUGAUAGCGAGAGCUACGAGAACACGGCUGACAAGGCCAUCUACCGUAUUGUUGCCAUGGGCUUCACGGCUGACCAGGCUCGCGAGGCGCUUCGCAUGACGGAUCUGGGCGAUAGCAUACGAAUUGACCGCGCGGUGGAGUUGUUGCUUAGUCGGCAGAUGUGA